UUCAAAGGAAGGAGAGAAUUAAAGCAAGAAAACCAUUGAUGGUGACACCUAAAGUAGAAAGGGACAUAGCUUUUUAAUAAGCCAUGGCUUUUGUGGAGGCUGUGUUACCCCCAGCUGGUAUCCUGGGGUCAUUUAACAAUUUCCAGGAUAUACAAUCUGAAGGUUUCCAGUGGUGGAAGACAGAAGAUUGCCCCGAAACUCCCUCUCUGGAGUUCUUGGAGGCGAACCAACCUGAGGGGAACCAGUCCAUCAAGCAGGAGCAUGAGGAAGCCAAUUGGGAUCUUGAAUUUCUCCUAAGAAAUUUUUCUACCUCUGGGCAAAAUGCCAGCCUUCCUCGAGAUGACCCAGUGGACCAGAUCUCGAUGCCUGCUGUCUGUCAGGCAACGUCAGUUGAGGAGGAAGUCAUCAGAGAAAAGCUCCCAGGAAUCCUGAAGGCUCCAGAAGUUCCUGGUCCCUCAAGCUCGGAAGCCCAGUUCUUGCUCAAAGAGCACUCUGUGAACUGUACCCCGGUUCUACCCAGUUAUUUCCAGGGUAUAUUAGAGCCCAAUAAGGAUCUAGUGUUUCCCAACAAUCAGUUGCCACACUUUGCCCAGGGAGAUUCUAUGGGUCUUGCCGUAGCAGGGCAACAGCCCAGGGGACCCAGACAAAGAUCUCAUGGGCAAUAUUAUCAUGUAGCCUGUGAAGCCCAUGUACCGCCAAGCCCUGACUUGCUAGGCAAACAUGCUUCCUACAAUCAGCUUCCACCAGCUGCAGUGGCUUCUCCGCUGCCACACUGCAGUCUGUUGAAUGGUUACCACCAUCCUUUCUCCCAUAGUCCAUUUCAAGCCCGAGCUCAAAUGUACCAGGCAGAUAAUGCUCUCCAUGCUCUGCCGCCGCUCCUUGGUUUGAGGAAACCACCUUCGCCUAUGAGAGAAGCCGCAGCCAAGCCAAGGAAGGGACACAAACAAUGGGGCCACAAGCGUCCUGCUAGUCACGUCUGCAGUCAUCCCAGUUGUGGGAAGACAUAUACCAAGAGUUCCCAUCUCAAGGCUCAUCUGCGCACACAUACAGGAGAGAAACCGUACCACUGCACGUGGGAAGGAUGCGGUUGGAAAUUCGCCCGUUCCGAUGAGCUGACGCGCCAUUAUCGUAAACACACCGGACAGCGUCCAUUCAAGUGUCCCCUCUGUCAACGGGCUUUCUCGCGUUCGGAUCACCUCUCUCUGCAUUUGAAGAGACACGUGUGACAAAUAUCAACCUUUUGGACUGCAAUGGAUGUUCUUACUCACAAGGGAACCUGGUAGUGGGAUAGCGAUUAUCCAUUUCCUACAAAGAAGGGACACUUGCCUUAGCCCUGGUAGUAUAGGCCAAGAGAAUAUAAUGAAGAUUAGUUACCCAGUUGGACUCCCAGACUGAAGGAUUUUGGAAUUUCAGUUGUGUUAUUCUAUCGCUACUAAAAAAAACUCAUUUAUAUGAUAGCCAUAGUUUGAAACCUAAACUGGACACUUUUAUGUUUUUUUUCUUCUUCCUACUAAAUAGCAUUCCAGACCACAAAGCUAUUGUCAUCUAUGAUGUAGAAGAACAUUUUGUAUUUCAUUGUCCUUGCAGUAAAAAGAAAUCCAUAGUCUAAAACAUUCCUGUAGGUAUGAUCUCCUUCGGUUUAAUGUCAGAGAUAUGAAGAAGAAACUGGAGCCAAAGCAAUGGGUCUAGUCUGGUGCAUUCUUGGAUAUAUUUUCUGAAUAAAUGAAAUUGGGAUAAGGGCUAUGGGCUAUAGCUAGCAGUAUUGCAAUGAAUGCAUUGAAGUUUCCAUCAUCGUCAGAUCCUGGAGAUGAGUUUUAUCUUCGUCUUCUAUUGGGAACAAAUGUUGGCCGAGCUGAUGAAGUAAUCUUUUCCCUUGGGCUAAAAAAAGUAAGGCUACAAAGGAGAUCCUUUGUUGGACCUGGGAUAGUUUCAUAGGUGAAAAAUGGGCACAUCCACAUGUAUCAAAUUGUUAUUCCUUUUUUAUUAUGUAUUUGUAUCUUAUCAAAGUGAACAACUGUGAUGCAGAGGGGAACACAACUAAUUUUUAAGAGUUGUGUGCUGAAGAGUGAAAUGCAAAUUAGACCAGCUGAAAGGCCUGCAUCUCGCAGCUACUAAAAGGCCACCACUCCAUGUCACAUGAGCCUUGAUCCUGUUACUUUAAUUGUGGGUUCACAAUGCUAAGUCAAAAUAUGAGUUGCAUAUUUCUGGCAUCAUUUAUAUAAGAAUGCCCCGCAUUCACUCCUCAUCAACUUGCUCCCCUACAAACUCAGGAACUUUGAAGAUGAGAAUGCUUGGCUACAGGAAUGGAUCCAAGAAGAACUUGCUCACGGUGAAGUGUGGCAGAAGGAAUAUGAGGCACUGUUAAGACAUCAGAAAUAUGUGUAACUUCCAUGGCUUAGUAUAUUAUGUGUAGUUUAUUCGAUAAAACAUGCAUAAUAAACCAUUCUCGUUGGCUCAAGGUGUUGAUUCAGACUUCCAUCCUUUUGAGGGUUGGU